CGCAUGAUGAUUUCACGAUGAGCUCGACAAAUUUUGCUGCUGCCCAAAAGCGCGUACUGGAACGUCGCCGUCUCCGCGAGGCCGAAUCUCGCGCCCGGUUUGCGGAGCAGCAGCGAGCGUCACCGGUCAACCAUCCCGCGCUCCAACGACUGCCCUACCCUUUAAACACAUUACCCCAGUCGGGGUACUCGCUUUGGAACACUGUCAGAGGCCGCGAAGGGUUGCGACCGGCUUUUCGAGUUGGCCAGGUCGAUGCGGAAUUGCUCGAUGAGGAAUUGCUGGACUUGCUAAAGGGGGAGGUCGGCAAUGCGCUGAAGUACUACGGGCCUCAACUGCGGGAGGACUGGUCGAAUGAAAUCCAACUCGUGCUGCGCGCGAUUCUGUUCAAGCUGGCGAUAUGGGACCACGAUGCGUCGUACGGGGCGGCCUUACAGGGCCUGAAAUAUGUCGACUGUCGCAGCAAAGGCCCGGUCCAUUCCGCGCCCACGAAAUGGCAGAAAUCGCUGUACGGUAUGCUUACGGUUGGUGGUCGCUACGCGUGGGGGAAAUGGGAAAGUUGGUUGGUUGACCAAGAGGGCGGCUAUGAGGAGCCAUCACGCGAAGUGCGGAUGCUCGCUCGAACGACCGAUCUAGUUUCGACAACGCAUUCAAUCGCCGCCUUCAUCUCCUUCCUUGUCUUCCUUGUUAACGGGCGAUACCGGACGUUGACCGAUCGCAUCCUCCGCAUUCGCCUCACCCCGCCCUCGCAGCAAGCCAGCCGCGAAGUUUCCUUUGAAUACCUGAAUCGCCAACUCGUGUGGCACGCUUUCACCGAAUUCCUCCUCUUCUUAUUACCGCUUGUUGGGAUCAGUCGCUGGCGGCGGUGGUUGGCUCGGUUGUGGCGGAAAACCAAGUCCACGUUCAAGGCGAGCGGGGACGACGAUGAGCCGGACGAGAGUCAGGGAGAGCUCGCCUUCCUUCCCGAACGAACAUGUGCCAUCUGUUACAAGGACAACAACCCGGGCGCGGUGACCGAGACGGAGAUGGUGGGCGCCGGAGGCGUUGUCGGCUCGGCUGAAACCGAUAUCACGAAUCCCUACGAGACCCUGCCAUGCGGAUGCGUGUACUGCUUCGUCUGUAUUGUGCAGAAGUUGGAAGGCGAGGAGGGCGAAGGCUGGGUCUGUCUCCGCUGCGGGGAGACCGUCAAGAAGUGCAAGCCGUGGAACGGCGACGUCUUGGAGGAAGCUCGACCACCGAGCUCUGGGAAGACCGUGGGGUUUGCCGUCGACGAGGGCACUGGUGUGGAUGACGGCGAUUCGGACAAUGAAUCCGACGGUGUCCGGGGAAGAUCCAGUCCAUUGGAAGAGCUGACGUCCGACGAAGCGUUGCAGCACUCCAGUCAGUGGUCUACCGUGGAGCGGGAGUCUACCGAAGAAGUGUCUGAUGAAGAGGACGACGCCGAGAAGGAAUAAUCCUACUGUCGUGAAUAUUGGUGCGCCUGCUACGUUUUUAUUGACUUUCUUUCUCUUCAACAUUAUGUCUUAGCCAGUUCAUUUUAGAAGUUGACUCUCG